AUGAUACUUCCAGAAGAUUGCGUUAGAGAAAUCUUGGAACACCUUGCGGAAGAUAAAAAAUCAUUAUAUACAUGUCUGUUCGCGAACAGAUUAUUUUGUAAUUGUGUCGUACCAAUAUUAUGGAGAGAACCGUGGUCAAUAUACUAUUCUAGAACAAACUAUUGGAAAAUUCUUGGGAAAACGAUAAUCAAAUGCUUUCCAAGAGAAAUUAAACGAUCCCUUUCAAAGGAGCAACAAAUUUUUUUUAACCCUUCAUUAUUGCAAAAACCUUUAUUCAACUACGUUUCAUAUAUUCAAUUCAUCUCUGAAAGUGCGAUCGAUACAUUAAUGGAAAAUGUAUUCGAAGAUUUUUAUGACAUUAGGGUUGAAGAAUUGUUAAUCAAUGGAUUUUGGUCAUUAUUCAUGAAACAAUGUUUUAAGAUCAAGUUUCUACGUUUACCAACCGUGAACCUUUUCAAAUAUCCCGGAUCAAAAAAAUCCUUAUCAUCCCUUUCCACCUUAGAAUGUUAUCCAAAUUCCUCUAAUGAAACAAAAGAAAUUUUUAUUGAAUUAUCAAAAAAUGUUCACACAUUGAAACGACUCGUAAUCUCAAUUAAUGAAGUUUCAUAUCAUGAUAUUGAAACCCUCAUACUAUCACAAAAUAAUUUAAGAGAAAUAUCAUUUGGCCUUCAUUCGAAGAAUAAAUGUCCAUUCCCUUUUAAAAAUCAAAAUACUAUUACUCGACUUUCUCAAUCCUUAAGAGUACUUGAAUUUUAUAGUAGAAUUUGUUUAUCACCGCAAAACAUUUCUUCUUUUAUCAAUUUAACAGAAUUGUCAAUUAAUUACAAAUCAUCUUACAGUGAGGAAAAUGAUAAAAUAUUAGAACAAGUUUCUUUGCCAAAACUUGAAAUUCUUACUUUGAAGAAUGUUAGAGGGAACAAUUUAGAUAUUUACGCCAAAUUAAUGGAUAAUACGAGAAAUUCUCUCAAGGUCAUUGAUAUUUAUUUUCACGCGGAUAAUCCAAUGUUAUUACCAUUAGAGUCAAUUGAAUAUUAUUUAAAUGUAAUCAAGACGAAAUGUCCAAACAUUGAGAUCUUACCGAUAUGGUUAACUCCGGAGAUUCCUUUAAGAGAUUUCGAGUGUUUAUUAGAAUCAUGUUCAAAGGUUAAAAAGAUUAUUAUUUACAUCCUAAACUCGAACUCACGUUUAGAUACAGUAUUGGCGAAACCAAUUUUAUAUUUAUUGGCUUUAAAGUCAUCAAUGAUGUUAAAUGAGAUUCGUUUGAUCGGAAGGGAAAUAUUAGAAUAUCUUUCGGAUGAUAAAAAAUCAUUAUACACAUGCUUGUUAACAAACAGAUUAUUUUGUAAAUGUGUCGUGCCAAUAUUAUGGAGAGAUCCAUGUUCCGUAAGGAAGGACCCAUGGUUGGAAUGUAUGUCAAGAACUAAUUAUUGGAAGAUCCUUGGGAAAACAAUCAUCAAAUGUUUCUCACGAGAAACCAAACAAUCUCUUUUAAAACAACAACAAUUUUUUCUAAACCCUUCAUUAUUACAACCAUCUUUAUUCAAUUACGUUUCAUAUAUUCAAUUCAUUUCCGAAUUUAAAACUAAAAUCUUAAUUAUAGACAUAUUGAAAGAUGUUAAUAUUAGGAUGGUGACACAAUAUGAAACGAUCAAACGACUGUUAUUCAAUGAAUGUUGGUCAUUAUUCAUGAAUCAGUGUUUCAAGAUUAAAUCCAUUCGAUCAUCAAACAUUGAACUAUUUUUUAAACAUCCUAGAUCAAAAAAUUCUUUAUCAUCACUUUCCACUCUAGAAUGUUGGCAUUGCUCAAAAGAAAUUCUCGAAUUAUUAAAAAAUGUUCAUACGUUGAAACAUCUUUUAAUCUUUGUGGGUCAAACUAAUGAUAUCGAACCUCUCAUCCUAUCACAAAAAAAUUUAAAGGAAAUAUCAUUUUACUAUGAUUCAAAUGUAGCUCAAUUUCCUUUUAAAAAUCGAAAAACUAUUAAACAUCUUUCUCAAUCUUUAAAAAUUCUUAGAUUUGAUCGUGGCAUUUGUUUGUCCUCACCAAUCAUUUCAUCUUUUGUCAAUUUAACCGAAUUGGAAAUCAAUUAUAAAUCAUCAUUUGGUGAGGAAAAUGUUCAAAUCUUGGAACAAGUUUCUUUGCCACAUCUAGAAAUUCUUUCGUUAAAAAAUGUUAGAGGGGAGUAUUUAGAUAUUUACGCUAAAUUAAUUGAUAAUACGAGAAAUUCACUUAAAGUUAUUGACAUUCGAUGUACGGAUAUUAGUACAUCGAUACCACCACCAUUAGAAUCAAUUAAAUAUUAUCUACAUGUAAUCAAGACGAAAUGUUCAAAGGUUGAAAUCUUACCGAUUUGGUUGAUUUCAAACAUUUCCUUAAAAGAUUUUGAAGAUUUAUUAACAACUUGUUCAAGGGUUAAAAAAAUCAUCAUUCACAUCUUGAAUACGGUUUCAAAUUCGGAUACGGUAUUAGCUAAGCCAAUUUUUUAUUUAUUGGCCUUAAAAUCAUCCACGUUUUUAAAUGUUAUUCAUUUAAUCGGAAGAUGGAGCUUUUCUAAUUUGGAUCUUCAAGACUUUUUUGAAUUAUGGAAGGAAAUGAAAAGGAAACCUUUAAAAUUUAAUUUCCAUAACAAUAUUUAUUCUCAUUAUAUCAUUAAAGUAUGUGAAUUUUAUCAUCGACUGGGUGUCGUCGAUAGCGGUACUAUCAAUUACACCAAACCAUGUAAAUAUUAUUAA